ACCCCCUCGUGCACAGCGCCAAGGCCACCGCCUUGUGCCUACCGAACGAGUCUCCGUCGUGCAUAUCCCGCUGUUCGUCGACGAUGUCAAGAACACCAACUGCGCCGUCCCCAUGAAGCAUGGCUGUGAGUUUACCAUCGUCGCGUCGAUCGUCACACAGAACAACGCCGCACCUUGUCGAGUUCCCUCGCCGUCUCCCUCCUCAUCUGCCGAACCCCCCUCCGGCCGCCAUUCCCACCCGCGCAAACCAUCGCCGCUGCCUCCAUCACCAUCCGGAACAUAUAGCUCCGCCACUGGCGGCCGGCGGUACGUCCACUGCGCCAGAGGAAGGUAGAUGGCGAAGAGCACGGAGGCGCCGAGCGUGGCGAGGAAAUCGAGGGUGAAAUAGGAGUGUGAGGAUCCCGGAGGCACGUCGCUUCUGGAGCAGAGGAUGCAGCUGACGUUGGUGGCACGGAUGAGUUGGCGGCGAGAAGGGCGGACAGGAGGCGGAAACAUGAUGGUAGGAGACGCCCGACGCGAUGAAGAAAUUGUUGACGCCGAGGAGGAGGCAGAGCACGAGGAGGCGGGGGGUGAAGACGGAAAGAUUUUUUUUUUUCCUUCCUAUUUUUAAUGGAAAAGGGGCGAAAAACAAAAGUGGUAAUAUCUAUUUGUUUGGUCAAAUUGACACGCCUGAUCUCGUCGGAGGGGAUCCACCAACGAUGCUCCACCUCCCGGUCACCGUUUUCACUCUCUUCCUCAUGCUCCUCUCCUUCCAUUCUCCUACCGCCGGCGCCGCCUCCUUCAGCCAGCAGGAGGAGGAGCAGAUUGAGCGCUUCCAGCGCUACCUCCGCAUCCGCACCGCCCACCCUAACCCUGACUACGCCGCCGCUGCCGCCUUUCUCCUCGCCGAGGCCCGCUCUAUCGGCCUCCGAGAUGUUUCCCUCGAAUUCGCUGCUGGGAAGCCCCUCGUCCUCCUGUCUUGGAUCGGUUCUGACCCCUCCCUCCCUUCCCUACUCCUGAACUCCCACAUGGACAGCGUCCCCGCCGAGCCCUCGCGCUGGCUCCACCCGCCCUUCGCUGCCGUACGCGACGCGGAAGGCCGCAUCUUCGCCCGCGGUGCUCAGGACGACAAGUGCAUCGCUGUACAAUAUCUCGAGGCCAUCCGCAACCUCAAAGCCUCCGGCUUCGCUCCGCUCCGGUCCAUCCAUGUCUCGCUGGUUCCCGAUGAGGAGAUCGGAGGCGAUGAUGGGGCUGCCAAGUUCUCCGCUUCGGAGCAGUUCCGGGAGCUCAACAUCGGUUUCAUGCUGGACGAAGGACAGGCCUCUCCCAAGGACGAAUUUAGGGUGUUCUACGCUGACCGGUCGCCGCUCUCUUUGAUCGUCACAGCAGUCGGGGCUCCGGGGCACGGAUCGAGGAUGUAUGACGGCGGGGCGAUGGAGAAUCUGAUGGACUGCGUGGAAGCUGCUGCAAAAUUCAGGGCAAGUCAGUUCGAUCAAGUGAAGCAUGGAUCUAAAGCCAAUUCGGAAGUCAUCUCGGUGAAUCCCGUCUACAUGAAGGCCGGCACUCCAAGCUCCACGGGUUUUGUAAUGAAUAUGCAGCCUUCAGAAGCAGAGGUGGGUUUUGAUCUUCGUUUGCCGCCAACAGCCGAUAUAGAUCUACUAAAGAAAAGGAUCGAGGAGGAAUGGGCACCCUCUAUAAAGAAUUUGACAUACAAGCUGAUACAAAAAGGACCGAUAAGGGAUAAUAAAGGGCGGCCCCUAGCAACACCAACCGACGAGUCCAACCCAUGGUGGUCUGCAUUCAAACAAGCUAUUUUGGCGUCCGGAGGGAAACUUGCUAGACCAGAAAUUUUGUCUUCGACGACUGAUGCUAGAUUCAUGAGACAGAUGGGAAUUCCCACCCUGGGAUUUUCGCCGAUGAAGAAUACUCCAAUAUUACUUCAUGAUCACAACGAGUUUUUGAUGGAUUCUGUGUUUCUCAACGGGAUCAAGGUGUACGAGCAAGUCAUCAGUGCUUUGAGCUCCUUACCAGAAACUUCAGUAUGAGCUAGUUGGUUGUGUUCAAAUAUCAUGAAAAGGAUUGUCCAGAUAAUGAAUGGUUAUGUAUUUAAAGACGACCACUUUGACCAUUCUCAUGAGUAGAUAUCUGAAAAGAUUUGGUCAACUCUAAUUAAGAUGGAUCCUGCGUUUUUUUUAUAGAUUACGCUAAUCAUUA